AUGAAGUUCAACACCGUUGCCGUCACCCUGGCCACGGCGGGUUCUAUGGUUGCUGCGCAGCACCAGCACCAACACCGCCAUCACCACAAGCGUAUUCCCGAGGUUGUCACCGUUGACGGUCCUACCGUCAUCGAGUACGAACUCAACAACGAGCUGAUCUCUGCCGCCGAUGUGUGCAAGGGUAUUAGUGAGGGUUACUUGAAGUGGGCUGAUGGCAAGCCCCCAGGGGAUCCUUGCACGACCAGCACCAGCACCAGUACCACUGCCACCUCCUCCCUGGCUCCCACCGUCGUUGCCGCCGAGUUCAUUGAGACUUCCUCCUCGUCCACGACGACUACAACUAGCAGCACGACCACCACCACUACUACCACGACCACUAGUACUACCACCAGUACUACCACUAGUACGACGACAUCCACCACUACCACCUCUUCGGUCGUGGCCACCGCCACUUCUAGCACCAGCACUGCCACUGGAAUCGAUGCGUCUUUCCCCGACGGUGAGAUCGACUGCGGCACCUUCCCCUCCGACUACGGUGCUGUUGCUCUCGAUUACCUCGGAUUGGGUGGCUACUCUGGAAUCCAGUACCUGUCUUGGGCCGAUGAAGUCAUCAGCGAGAUCGUCACUGCGGUCAGCGGUGAUGCUUGCACCAGUGGUGCGAUGUGCUCUUACGCCUGCCCUCCCGGUUACCAGAAGUCCCAGUGGCCUUCCACUCAGGGCUCCACUGGCCAGUCGAUUGGUGGUCUUGAGUGCAAGAAUGGCAAGCUGUACCUGACCAACUCAGACCUCUCUGACAAGCUUUGCGUUGCUGGUGUUGGUGGCGUCAGUGUUAAGAACACCUUGAGCGAGCAGGUUGCCGUCUGCCGUACCGACUAUCCUGGUACCGAAUCUGAAACCGUUCCCCUCAGCCUUUCUGCCGGCGCCACCCAGCCUCUGACCUGCCCUAACGGUUCUACUUACUACAAGUGGGAGGGCAAGACCACUUCUGCCCAGUACUACGUUAACCCCAAGGGUAUUUCAACCAGUGAAGGUUGCCAGUGGGGUGAUGGUAGCUCCGCUAUUGGUAACUGGGCCCCCAUCAACCUUGGUGUUGGUGAGAACAACGGCAAGUGGCUUUCUAUCUUCCAGAACAGCCCCACCACUACCGAGGCGCUCGACUUCAAUGUCAAGAUCCAGGGAUCCGACCUCAGCGGAUCUUGCAAGUACGAGAACGGUGUUUUCUACUCGGAGUCUGGCUCCAACGACUCUGGCUGCACGGUAAGCGCUCUCCCUGAUUUUCUUUUCUUUUCCUUUGGGCGCAAUUCGAUACUGAUUCUGUCUUAA